AUGCGCGGUACUGAGGGUGUCAACGUCGCCGCUGCCGAGGCCGAUUUUAUCGAGUUGCAGCGUCAACUCACCAAAGCUUCGCGUGUCGAGCGGCACGAUGCGCUCGAGGCUUCCUUCGGGCGCGACAAAACCGUCGAUCUUGAGAGCCAUGUUUCGGAGGUUGAUUCGACGGCAGAGUUCAACUUGGAGCAGGUGAUCCGUGGACAGCAGGACUCCGCCGAUGAGGCCGGUAUCAAGAGGAAGCACAUUGGUGUCAUCUGGGAGAACUUGUCGGUUCGUGGAGUGGGUGGUACCAGACACUUUGUCAAGACUUUCCCUUCUGCCUUCACUGGCCUCGUCACCACGAUCCCCAUGUACCUCGCUUCUUUCCUCCCCUCUCAGCGUCCUCGCGAAGUCGAGAUCCUUCACAACUUCCACGGUGUCCUUAAGCCUGGAGAGAUGGUCCUCGUUCUUGGUCGUCCGGGAUCUGGAUGUACUACCUUCCUCAAGAUCAUCACCAACCAGCGCAUUGGCUACACCGGAAUCGAGGGUGAUGUCGCCUACGCCGGUUUGACCGCUGAGGAGUUCGCCGAGCACUACCGCGGAGAAGCCGUCUACAACAUGGAAGACGACAUCCACCACCCGACCCUCUCCGUCUCGCAGACGCUCAAUUUCGCUCUCGAGACUAAGCUCCCCAACAAGCGCGUUGCCAACCAGCCGAAGGAGUCCUUCAAAGAGUCCGUCACUUCCCUCUUGCUCAAGAUGUUCAACAUUGAGCACACUCGUGACACCAUGGUCGGAAACGCCUUCGUGCGUGGUGUCUCCGGAGGAGAGCGUAAGCGUGUCUCCAUUGCCGAGAUGAUGGUCACCAACGCUUCCGUCCUUGCUUGGGACAACACUACGCGUGGUCUCGAUGCUUCUACCGCUCUUGACUACGCAAAGUCUUUGAGGAUUCUCACCGACAUCAAGCAGACCUCCACCUUCGUCUCCCUCUACCAGGCAUCCGCUGCUAUCGCCGACCAGUUUGACAAGGUCAUGGUCCUGGAUGCUGGUAGGACUGUCUACUAUGGUCCCGUUUCCGAGGCCAGAGCCUACAUGGAGAACUUGGGUUUCAAGCCUAAACCCCGUAUGACCCUUCCUGACUACCUCACCGGUUGUACCGACGAGUACGAGCGCGAGAUCCAGGAGGGUUACGAGAACGUCUGCCCCCAGACCAGCGAGGGCUUGGAGCAGGCUUGGUUGAAUUCUUCUCAGUUCGCUCGCCUGCAGAAGGAGAUGGCUGACUACAAGGCCGAAAUUGCCCGUGACUCUAAGCCUGUGGAGCAGUUUCGCAUGGCCGUUAGGGAAGACAAGUGGAGCGGAACCUCAAAGAAGUCUGUCUACACCGUUCCCUUCUGGACUCAGGUCUGGGCUCUUACUAAGCGUCAAAUGAUUCUCAAGUGGCAGGAUAAGUUCUCCCUUGUUGUCUCUACUAUCUCCGUUCUCUUAGUUGCUAUCAUGAUUGGUACUGUUUUCUUGGAUUUGCCCAAAACUUCUGCUGGUGCUUUCACUCGUGGUGGUGUUCUCUUCAUGGCUCUUCUUUUCAAUGCUCUGCAGGCGUUCACUGAACUUCCGGCUACUGUCCUCGGUCGUCCUAUUGUCAACAAGCACAAGGCGUAUGCGUUCCACAGACCUUCAACGUUAUGGCUGGGGCAGAUUAUUGUCGAUCUGCCGUUCUCUGCGUUCAAGAUCUUCUUGUUCUCUAUUAUCGUCUACUUCAUGGCUGACCUUGCUCGUGAUGCAGGAGCGUUCUUCACGUUCUUCCUCAUUAUUUUCACGACGAACAUCUUGAUGGGUGUCUUGUUCCGUGUCAUCGGUGUCAUGUCCGCGAACUUCGACUUCUCUCUGAAGUUUGCGGCUUUGAUUAUCACCAUGUUCGUUCUUGACUGUGGUUACCUCUUGUCCAAGCCCGACAUGCGUCCAUGGAUGAGUUGGUUCUACUGGAUUAACCCGAUCGCAUACGGUUUCGAAGCCCUUGUUGCCAACGAGUUCGGAAGGGUCAACUUCACCUGUACCGAUGCCAACUUGGUCCCUAGUGGAAGGAUGUACACGAACAUCGCCAACCAGGUUUGUACCCUCGCUGGAGCUGUGACUGGUACCAACCUCGUCAUCGGAUCCGAGUACAUCAAGUUGACUUACAACUACGUUGUCUCUCACCUUUGGCGCAACUUCGGUAUCCUUGUUGGUUUCACUGCUUUCUUCCUUUUCUGUAACGCAUGGUUCGGUGAGAUCUUCACCUUCGGUGCUGGAGGAAAGACCGUUACCCUCUACCAGAAGGAGAACGCGGAGAGAAAGAAGCUCAAUCAGGAUCUCGAGGCAAAGCGUACUGCUCGUCGUGCGGGUAAAGAGGACGACAGCCAGCUUGAGAUCAAGUCGAAGCAGGUCCUGACAUGGGAGGCACUCAACUACGAUGUUCCCGUUCCUGGUGGUGAGAAGAGGUUGUUGGACGAUAUCUACGGAUACGUCGAGCCCGGAAAGCUUACCGCUCUCAUGGGUUCUUCCGGUGCUGGUAAGACUACCUUGUUGGAUGUCCUUGCCAAUCGCAAGAACAUUGGUGUGAUCACUGGUGAUGUCCUCAUCGAUGCCAAGCCGCGUGGUAUUGACUUCCAGCGUGGUACUGCUUACUGUGAGCAGCUCGAUGUUCACGAGUCUACCCAGACCGUCCGUGAAGCUCUCCGCUUCUCUGCUUACUUGCGUCAGCCUUUUGAGGUCCCUAUCGCCGAGAAGGACGCUUACGUCGAGGAAGUCAUUGCGUUGUUGGAAAUGGAGAACAUCGCUGAUGCCAUCAUCGGUACCCCCGAGACUGGUUUGUCUGUCGAAGAACGCAAGCGUGUCACCAUCGGUGUCGAGCUUGCUGCCAAGCCCAAGCUCUUGCUGUUCCUUGACGAGCCCACCUCCGGUCUCGACUCCCAGUCUGCUUUCAACAUUGUCCGUUUCUUGAAGAAGCUCGCUGCUGCCGGACAGGCCAUUCUCUGUACCAUCCACCAGCCCAACGCUGCCCUCUUCGAGAACUUUGACCGUCUCCUCUUGCUUCAGCGUGGUGGUCGUGUCGUGUACUUUGGUGAGAUCGGAUCUGAUGCUCAUGUUAUGCUGGACUACUUCCGUCGUAACGGGGCCGAUUGUCCGCCUGACGCGAACCCUGCUGAGUACAUGUUGGACGCUGUCGGUGCUGGUUCUGCACCUCGUAUCGGACCCAAGGACUGGUCUGAUAUCUGGCAAGACUCCCCUGAGCUUGCGCAGAUUAAGGCAGAUGUUCUCCGUCUCAAGGACGAGCGCUCCAGAGCUGGUGAUGCCGGAGAGGCUGAUACCGCUGAGUUCGCCACUCCCCUCGCGUACCAGCUCAAGCUUGUCAUCAAGCGUACGUCCCUGACUUUUUGGCGUUCUCCAGACUACGGUUUCACUCGUCUCUUCAACCACGUUUUGGUCGCAUUCUUGACCGGUGUCGCCUACUGGCAAGUCAACAAUUCCGUCUCCGCCAUGCAACAGCGCGUGUUUGCGAUCUUCCAAGCUACCGUCUUGCCUGCUCUCAUCUUGUCCCAGGUCGAGCCUCGUUACGAUAUCUCUCGUAUGAUUUUCAACCGUGAGUCGAGUUCGAAGAUGUACUCCCAGUUCGCGUUUGCCUCGUCCAUGGUCAUUGCAGAGAUUCCGUACAGUAUUAUCUGUGCUGUUGCUUACUUCAUUGCGUUCUACUACCCUGCUGGAUUCAACUACAACAGCGACCGUGCCGGAUACCAGUUCUUCAUGAUUCUCAUUGAUGAGUUCUUCUCCGUUACGCUUGGACAGGCUAUCGCUGCUGUCACCCCGAACGCCUUCAUCGCGGCUUUGUUGAAUCCUCUUUUGCUGGUCAUCUUUGCUACGUUCUGUGGUGUUACAAUUCCUCAGCCUAACCUGCCUCACUUCUACAAGGAGUUUGUUUACAACAUCGACCCCUUCACCCGCUUGAUUGGUGGUAUGUUGGUGACUGAGCUCCACGACCUCCCCGUCCGCUGCAGCGACGUCGAACUCGCCCGUUUCCUCGCUCCCGCCGGUCAGACCUGUCUGGAGUACGCCAACACCUUCAUGGAGUCCGCGUCUGGUUACCUCGUCAAUCCCAGUGCUACCUCUCCCUCGUACUGUGAGUACUGUCCUUACAGCGUGGGAGACGACUACUUGGCCACGCUCAACUUGGAUUACAGCCACAGGUGGAGGGACCUUGGUAUUUUCAUUUGUUUCAUUGUUUCGAACCUUGCGAUUUUGUUCUGGGGAUCGCGUUACCUUAACUUUGCUCGUCGUUAA